CCUCCAAGAUGGCGGCGGCGACGGCAGACCUGGGAGCUGGGAACCUGCAGGUUGGCGACUCCUCCGGCGGGGGCACUGGAUGCGGGCUGCCGUCCCCAGGGGAGCAGGAACUGAGCCGGCGCCUGCAGCGCCUGUAUCCCGCGGUCAACCAGCACGAGACGCCGCUGCCGCGCUCCUGGAGCCCCAAGGACAAGUACAACUACAUCGGCCUCUCCCAGGGCAACCUCCGCGUCCACUACAAAGGUCAUGGCAAAAAUCACAAAGAUGCAGCCUCAGUGCGUGCCACCCACCCCAUACCUGCUGCCUGUGGCAUUUAUUACUUUGAGGUGAAGAUUGUCAGCAAAGGAAGAGAUGGGCCUGCCUGGGUCAUGGAAGACUCUCCAGUCAAUUAG